UGCAAUGUCCACUCCAGCCUCGCCGCGUCGUCGACGACUAGUCGCAGCGGUAGUCCAGGCACAGAUCUCCUCAAUCUCGUCGUCUCCAUGACUACCUCAACGGCGGCUCUCGCACCAUCUCCACGUUGCUCACGAGACAGUCGCGCUCGAGUCCGCGCUCGCCCUGUGCAGAGACGUCAGCCCGCCCGUCACUUUGCCAUCACCGCGGUCAGGUCCAUCACUCCCCUCCAAGACAUCUUUCGCUGCAAGAUUGCAAAACAGAGGUCCCCUCCCGAGUCUGCCAUCCUCGCCACGGACCGCCGCUCAGAUACUCAGUACAAAGACCACCUGGAGCCCGUGUUCCGUCUGUCGUUCCAUCCUUCAUCUUCCUAUAUCCACACGCUCGGAUCGGACUCUAUAACCAUCAGUGCUGGAGGAGGGCAAGAGUCACAGCCUGCUCAGAACACCUGGAGG